GUUCUAUCUUUUUACUAAUAGCCAAUGGGUAUUAUUGAAAAGAUCAAGGAAAUCGAAGCCGAGAUGGCUCGAACGCAGAAGAACAAGGCGACGGAAUUCCACUUUGGAGUGAUGAAGGCUCGUCUUGCGAAGUUGCGUUCGGAACUUCUCGACCCGUCCUCGGGCGGUGGUUCAGGUGGUAAGGGAGACGGCUUUGAAGUCGCCCGUGUUGGAGAUGCGCGCGUAGCCCUCAUCGGUUUUCCAUCGGUGGGAAAGUCUUCGUUGUUGAGCCAUCUUACGGAUACAAAGUCUGAGGAGGCUGCCUAUGAGUUUACCACCUUAACUUGCAUUCCGGGAAACGUGUACUACAAAGGGUGUCGCAUUCAGCUUCUGGAUCUUCCCGGUAUCAUCGAAGGAGCUGCUUACGGCCGUGGUCGCGGUCGUCAAGUAAUCGCGGUCGCUAAGUCUGCCGACCUGAUUCUGAUGGUUCUGGACGCUGGAAAAGAGGAAGAGAAAAACCACCGCGAGAUUUUGGAGCGCGAACUGGAGACGGUGGGUCUUCGUUUGAACAAAGAGCCCCCUCGGAUUUAUUUCAAAGUGAAGAACGCGGGCGGCAUCAAAUUCAACGCGACGGUGAAGCUGACACAGCUGGGCGACGAUCCGUAUGACACGGUGUACAAGAUUUUACACGAGUAUCGAAUCCACAACGCCGAGGUGAUCUUCCGCGAUGAUUAUGGCGUGGACGAGUUGAUCGACGUGAUCGAAGGCAACCGGAAGUACGUCAAGUGUCUCUACGUGUACAACAAAAUCGAUACGGUCUGCAUCGAGGACGUGGAUCGGCUGGCUCGUCUCCCGCACAGCACGGUCUGCUCGAUUCGCCUCAAUCUCAACGUGGACACAGUCCUCGAAUUGAUCUGGGAGUACAUGGGACUGCUUCGAAUCUACACCAAGCGCCGAGCCGAGCCGCCGUCCUUCGACGAGCCCGUCGUUCUCAGCAAGUAUCGAAACGGCCUCACCGUGGAGGGCGCCGUCGCGCAGAUCUCGCAGGACUUGCUGGAGAAGUUUAACUAUGCGUUGGUGUGGGGAACCAGCACGAAGUACAGCCCGCAGCAUUGUGGGCUGGCGCAUGUGCUGGAAGAUGAGGAUGUGAUCCAGAUUGUGAAGAAGACGGUCAACCAGGAGAAACAUGAUAAGAACUACUCGCAGCAGUGCCAAGCUGUGUAUGAUAAGUACAAGAAGAAGAAGAAGAGUGGAAAGAGCAGUUAA